AACGACGAUGACGAAGCCCACAACAAUGGCACGAAUAUCUACAUCAGCGAUGUCGCCGCCAGCGCCACCGCCCAUGACCUGAUCACCCUCUUCGCUACCUGCGGCACCGUUCGCACCUGCAACAUCGUCCCAUCCCCGAAGAUCGGCCCUCCCCGCCGCAUCUUCGCCUUCGUCACCAUGGCCACAGCUGACGAGGCUGACCGCGCCAUCGCCACCAUCGACGGCCAGACCCUCGCCGGCAAGUCGCUCCACCUCGAGAAGGCGUUCCGCGCCUAUGGGCGGAAGCCGACGCCCGGGCGGUAUCUCGGG